AUGGAACGUCCCCUGGACUUUACCUACGAUAAGGUGAAUUAUGCAGGUCUGCCAGAGUACCUCCAACAGCUGACGAAGGAAGGAAUGCACAAUGUCGUGAUUCUGGACCCUUUCAUAACUAAGGAUGAAUAACCAGGCACCUACAGGCCUUAUGAUCUUGGAGAGGAAAUGGGAGUCUGGGUGAACAACUCUGAUGGUGUAACUCCUGGUGUUGGAAAGGUUGGCCUGGCCCCCGGAGACUCGGUGUUUCCUGACUACACCAACCCCAGGACAGUUGAGUGGCGGAUCCAGAUGUGUCUGGAGUUUAAGCAUGUCCUUUACUAUGAUGGGAUCUGGAUUGAUAUGAAUGAACCAUCCAAUUUCUUAAGAGGCCAGCAUCCUGGAUGUGCUGUUAAUGAUAUCAAUAACCCUCCUUACGUUCCUAGCAUUUCUGAUCUUUCCCUGGCACAAAAGACCUUGUGUCCUGACUCCAAGACUUACCUUGGAGAGCAUUAUAACACACACUCUCUCUUCGGCUGGUCACAGACAGCACCAACUUUCCAUGUUGCCCAGCAGGCAACUGGAAAGCGAGCGUUUGUCUUGAGGCGGUCUACAUUUGUUGGCAGUGGGAAGCAUGGGGGUCACUGGCUUGGUGACAACUUCUCUCGGUGGAAGGACAUGCAUCAGUCAAUCAUUGGAAUCCUGGAGUUCAACCUCUUUGGCAUCCCCUACAUUGGUGCUGAUAUCUGUGGAUUUAACUAUAACACUACCUACGAACUCUGCUUGCGCUGGAUGCAGCUUGGCUCUUUCUAUCCAUUUUCCAGAAACCACAAUGCAGAGGGAAAUAGCGAACAAGACCCGGCGGUGUUCGGAGAAGAGUUUGCCAAGAUAUCUCGCACUACGCUUCAGAUCAGAUACUCACUGCUGCCAUACUUAUACACCUUGCUCUUUGAGUCUCAUGUUCAUGGAAACACGGUGGGUGAUAAAGUGCCAAGUACCUGGAACAAGAACUAUGCUACUGUGGCUGCCCCAUUGAGCAAGAUCCCUCUGUUCAUCCGUGGAGGCUACAUCCUGCCAGAACAGGCACCAGCCACAACCACUACUAAGAGCCGUCUGAACCCAUUUGGGCUCAUUAUUGCCCUGGAUGAACAAGGAGAAGCUUCUGGGUCUCUCUUCUGGGAUGAUGGUGAUUCAAUCGGUACUAUUGAAAAGGAGAACUACUUCUUGGCUAAAUAUACAUACAGCAAAGGAAACAUGAAGACAGAAAUACUUAAAAAUGGCUACCGAGGGGCCGACACUCUGAAGUACAACAAAAUUACAGCUCUUGGCCUCAAACUGAGACCUCAUGCUGUUGCUCUGAAUGGAAGAGCCAUCCAUGGAGAUGCUUUCUCUUAUGAGCUCAGUGGGAAACUCACUUUAUGGAUUUCUGCCCCACUUACUCUGGAACUCAACAUUAUGAUUUACUAG